GUGCAAGACAUGAAGUCAACCUUUCGUCUCGCCAUCUCACCCAGCCAACGUAAUCGCUGGGGACGUAUGGUGAGCACACCGAAGAUUUCGUCCCCUCUGGGUGUGUUGGUAGUCGAAGCGCUAGCUUCUCCCUCACAUCCAAUUUUGCUCUGUACCGCAAGUGUCCUCCAAGCUUCACCCCUGCGCAACAUCUGGAUCAACAAGUAGCUUCAAAAGGAAGGAACAACCAUGGAUCCACGAUUUUCUCCGAUCACGGUUAGCGACAACAUGUACAACAUCGGCGAUCUCUUCAACCUGCCGGCGUCGAUGGAUCUGCUGAAUGAUGAAGACUUCGAAAGCACGAUGAUGCUGCUGGACAACGCUGCUUUCCGAAGAGAAGACCCCGACAACAUGGAGUUGAAUUUAACCGGACUAAGCGACGCAUUCAACACUCAGGACGCAGAGUCACCUCUCAUUAGGCCCGACCUGAAGAUAUGCAGCAGCGGUAGAACUCCUGUCGGUGGUGAUGCGUACAUCAAACAGGAGAGCGCCAUGCCUGGCUAUUCACCGGCCAUUGACUCCUUCCUCCGCGAAUCCUGGGAUGACAUCGUUUAUCCACUAUCAAGAUCGGCUGAAGCUUCUCUCAAGCCAACAAGUCGUUGCUCAAGCCCCUUGACGAUUUCAGUUACUCCUGGUCGUGUGAAUCCGCUUCCGCUCAACUACCUGCUCCCGAUCCCGUCGUCGCUAGGAGGCCAACCAUUGAUGAAAAACAUGCCUUACCUCGCACCGACGGUGCCACUGCCCCCACCGACACUGCGCACAGUCUCCAAUACUUCAACCUCUUCGACGGUGUCAUCUGCUUCAUCUACCCGAUCUAAAAGUACCCGACGGGCAAAGCCGUGCAUAGUUGAAGGGUGCAUUCGACGUGCGCAGUCGAACAAUCGGUGCAAGACUCACGGUGGUGGCGCACGAUGCCAAGUGGAAGGUUGUGACAAGAGCUCACAGGGUGGAGGUCUUUGCCGUGCCCACGGUGGUGGCAAGAAGUGCCGCGUACCUGGCUGCACAAAAGGAACUCAGCGCCUUGGUUUGUGCUAUUUGCACGGUGGAAUCCGUCGCUGCAUUACGGAGGGCUGCAAGAAGAAGGACCGUGGCAAUGGUUACUGCAUCUCGCACGGAGGUGGUCGGCGGUGCGAAGCUGAGAACUGCAAUCGGUCAGUUCGCAAAGGAAACCACUGCCAAAUGCAUCAAGUGUAGCUGAAGAAUCCCUUUCAGAUAAGUUGCGACCAGAGCCUAACAUCCUACUUCGGAGUAGUUAGGAGUAUUCUACUUCGAAGUACCUGUGUAGUUUGUACCAAUACCUCUAUAUAAUGUAAAUACCAAACACAGAACAAUGUAUGAUAUGCUUCCAAAAGGU